CUCCCUACCUCACUCACAUACUUCGCAAUUCACCCGCUCCGAUGAUUAUAGUCUUUCCAUCUGAUUCCCUAUACUUCUUAUAAACUUUCCUUGCCUUGGUGCGCCAGUGUGAAACCAAGACCUUUCACUGUCGGUCCAACCCAUCGCCCACGCAACCACGACCCCUCCUUGCACUCCCUCUUCCCAAGGGAAAGACGCCAAGCCUACCGUCACCAACGUGCAGGCAUCAUAAGCCAAGACCACAACCGCGAUGCUGAUGGGGCAUAAUAUCUCUCCCAGUCUGGGGGAAGAGUUCCAUAUCUGCCUUCAGAAUCUAGGACGACCUCCAGUACAGUUGAAGAUUUCGAUAUCCCCCUUAUUUCCAAUCAUCUCGAAAACAUCACCGCAACGAUGUCGAUCUUCCUGACCAUCCUCGCGGUCUUCCUCGCCACUAUCAUUGGCAUGCCCAACCCCCUCGUCAAGGCGACAAACCUUGUUUUGACGGUAAUAACUAUUAUCCUGGUUAUUGUCAUCUUUCAAGUUGCAUAUCUCCAAGUCCUCGCUGAAAGAUGGGGAUUAAUACUCGGACAGCAACAUGAAGACACGACGCCUGGAGAGAAGCGAAGUCCGCCAAACCACGCCGUCCUUCGCCUUCGUCAUCGCCGUAAAUGCGAGCAGUUCGUGUUGUUCCCAUGUGUGGACCGCAGCAGGAUCUUCUGGGACUUCAACACUGUGCUGCGACAGGCCGUCGUGGGCUCUUACUAUUUCCGAGCCUGGAUGACGAUGCGUCGCGCAGAGGUUCAGCACACUCGAUCAAGGGCACCAAUACAAUCGAUGGUCGUGUUGUUGCCUCAGGUGCUGGCACUGUUGAACAAUGCGAGGCCCGGCUUUUAUGUCCCUCGACCCAUCGCCACAAAGAUCAAUUUGCAGACGCCAUCUUUAUUCCCCCAAGCGACUGAUAAUUGCCACAUGAUGUCGCUGGUGGUUUCGAAGAUGGUAUGUUCUGAUCUCUCGGCCUGAUCUUACAUUGUUAAAUGCUAACAGUGUUUAUAGAUCACCACCUUGUCGAUUGCCGCGCCAUCUCCAUCUCCAGAUGAGACACGCUUAGUUCUCUCUGGGACCCCCAGCACUGAAGAGCAGUGUGCUGCAUAUCAUGCCACUGACAUCGAUCCAAUUGACCGAAGUGGUCCUGAAGCAGAUGCUGUAGACGAGACUUCCGCGGCUGAGAAGCCCAAGAAUUGUGUACAGCUUCUGCUGACCCAGCCCCUACC